GGGACAUGGCCACGGCGGGGACGGAGCUGCCCGGUGGCAACGCCAGCGCCAACCAGAGCGCCGCCGACCCCACGGUGUCGCGGGACGUGUGGGUGGUGGGCAUGGGCAUCCUGAUGUCGCUGAUCGUGCUGGCCAUCGUCUUCGGCAACGUGCUGGUGAUCACGGCCAUCGCCCGCUUCCAGCGCCUGCAGACCGUCACCAACUACUUCAUCUCCUCGCUGGCCUGCGCCGACCUGGUCAUGGGGCUGGCCGUGGUGCCCUUCGGCGCCUGCCACAUCAUCAUGGAGAUGUGGAAGUUCGGGAACUUUUGGUGCGAGUUCUGGACCUCUGUGGACGUGCUGUGCGUCACGGCCAGCAUCGAGACCCUGUGCGUGAUCGCCGUGGACCGGUACUUCGCCAUCACCUCGCCCUUCAAGUACCAGAGCCUGCUGACCAAGGGCAAGGCGCGCGUGGUCAUCCUGGUGGUGUGGGUGGUGUCGGGGCUCACCUCCUUCCUGCCCAUCCAGAUGCACUGGUACCGGGCGGACCACGAGGACGCCAUCCGCUGCUACGAGGACGAGAUGUGCUGCGACUUCUUCACCAACCAAGCCUACGCCAUCGCCUCCUCCAUCAUCUCCUUCUACCUGCCCCUCGUCGUCAUGGUGUUCGUCUACGCCAGGGUCUUCCAGGUGGCCAAGAAGCAGCUGCAGAAGAUAGACAGGAGCGAGGGGAGGUUUCACACGCAGAACAAGGAGCAGGAGCAGAAAGGGGGAGCCGGGCACCGCCGCUCCUCCAAGUUCUUCUUGAAGGAGCACAAAGCCCUCAAAACGCUGGGCAUCAUCAUGGGCACCUUCACGCUGUGCUGGCUGCCCUUCUUCAUCGUCAACAUCGUGCACGUCAUCCAGGACAACAUCAUUCCCAAGUACGUGUACAUCCUCCUGAACUGGCUGGGCUACGUCAACUCUGCCUUCAACCCCCUGAUCUACUGCCGGAGCCCCGACUUCAGGUACGCCUUCCAGGAGCUGCUGUGCCUGCGCAGGUCCGCGCUGAAGAUGUACGCCAAUGGCUACUCCAACAGCAACGGCAGGAGCGACUACAACGAGGAGGAGAACGGCUACCCCCUGGCCCCGGAUAAAAGCUGCGAGCUGCUCUGCGAGGAGGGCUCCUUCCCUCGCCCCGAGGACUUUUUGCACGGCAAAGAGAUCCCUGGAUGCCCAGGAAUGGUGGAGAGCUGAAUGGUCCAAGCUCUGUUCCUCACCAGGCUGAGCCCUGAGGGCUCUGCAGAGAUGGAGGGGGAGCACGGCCUCGCUUCCCUGAGCUGGGGAUGCUGUGGGAAGUGAUUGCCUUGGCAAAUCCUCCUCCCAACCCAUCACCCACCGAGCAGCACCUCCAGGAGAAGCUGGGGAAGGACAACCAAGGGACCAGGAGAGGCUCUGAGAGCCUUGGAAAGAAGCUGCAGGAACUGGAGGAGGGGAUGCACCAUGAGAAAAGGUGCUGAGGGUUUUUCCCCCCUUGGAAAUCCCUUUCCAGAAGGCCCCAGGUGUGGUGUCCAGCUGGUUUGGAAGAGGCACAGGGGUCAGGCUGGGUCAGGAGCCCAGCAGGACGUGCCCAUGGCAGCCUCAGAGCUUGGGGGGGAUCCAGGUGGGAUCCAAGACCAAGAGAGAGGAGCAUGGAAGAUCCCUCUGAUUCCUUCUGUGCUUGUUUCUCCUUCUGGUGUCCUCUCUGUCUACCUCUUCUCUAGAGAGCACAGGGGGCCCUGGCUGUCACCAAGGGGCAGGAGGAUUGGCACAGGGCAGGAAUGUGGCCUUUGGUCACUCCUUGCUCCAAAAAAUCUGCAACUGUCCUGCCUGGCCCUCAGCCUUUGGAUGGGCUGGGAGCUGGCAAUCCUUUUUCACAUUUUAGCAGGACCAGCCACCCUUGGGAGCCAAGAUUUCCCACCUGAGGCUCAAAACACGACAGAACAUCCAUCCCUGUCCUGCAGCUGUGGGAAGGAGCACACUGAGCUCCUGAUUUUGGACUGUGGAAAACUCGUUAAGCGGAGGAAGAGAUGGAGGGACUUAUGGUCUCAGGCAGAAAACAGCAGGAAAAACUGGCUGAAAACCAUCAAAAAUGUGCACCUUGGAGUUGGCCCAAGCCUGUGGUCACUGAGCUGCUCCCAGAGCUGGGCAGGACGUGCUGGUACUGAACUGUGGGAGCCCCAUCUCACACCUUCCCUCUCGGGCUUCCACCUGUAAAAAUCCUUCCCCUCAAGUGCAAUCCUAUUUAUUUAUUUAUUUUCUCGCUGCUUGAUGUGAAGCUGCUAAAGGAGCUCCCCCCCUUCCCCCCAACCCACGAACAGAGAGUCCAAGGUCCGUGUGAGGGCACUGAGCAGAGGGGCAGGACACAGGGACACCCCCCAAAACAGCAGGAGCACCCUGCUGGUGGAAGGAAUGGGGGACUGGGCUGGGUGCUCUUUUAGGGUUCCUUCCAACCAAAACCAUUCUGUGGUUCUGUAAGACCUGGAGAUGAUGUGCCAUCCCUGGCAGUGCCCACGGGGGGUGGAUGGAGCUCUGGGCUGGUGGAGGGUGUCCCCACCCAUGGCAGGGGGUGCAACUGGAUUUAAGGUCCUUCCAUUGUAGGAUUCUGUGCAGAUGGGGGAAGAGGAAACGCUGAGAGCAGAGCUGCUGCCCCUGCAAUGUGGAUCCUUCAGGGGCUGAGGGCAAGCUGGGCAGAGCUGUGAUGGAAGGACGGAGUGCAGGAGCUCAGCAGUGCCCCCCUGCCCUGAUUUUCUUCGUGCAGGACCACGAGAGUUGCUCGCCUGGGGGCUCUCAGGUGCCCUGCUGCUCUCCCACGGCUUUCAGGAUACCCUCAGAUCCCUUGGCACAGCUCCCAGCUGCCCAAGGAGAACCUGAUGCCUCCCUUCCCUCUGAAGAAACCCCCCCAAAGCUUUGUCUGAAGGAUAUUUCCCAGCAAAAACCUGUUCCUCAAAAGAUUCCUGGCUGGCUCCAGCCCCUUACUCUGUCCCUGGGAUUGUCUGCAGGCUGGGGACACUCGUGGGGCUGUGGCAGUUGUAUUUCUCCCAAUCCCUGAUGUGCAAGAGCAGGUUCAGGGAGAGGAAGGGCUGAACUUGCUCCAAUCAGAUUCCAGCCCAAAAGCAGGACCUGCCUUGCAGGGCUGCCCAGACCCCCCUGCCUGCCACCCUUCAGGCAGGUCCCAUGGAUUUUAUUCACUGCUGGAUCUGUUUUUAAGCUCCCUGACCCCGGGGUUAUUGUGCUGUCCCCUGGGAGGUGGCUCUGUGCUCCACAGGGAGUUUCCUCCCUGGAAAUUUCAUUCCAUUUAUCCUCAAGCACCUGCUGUUCAUCUUGUCCUGCCAACUUGACCAUUGCUCCCCUUCCAGGAGCCUCCCUGUCCUCGCCUGGCUCAGCACAGGAUGAGCCUGCUCAUGAAUGGCUCUGCCAGGGAUCCAAACCCACCCCUGGGGCAGCAGCUCCAGCGCCCAGCAGCUGCUCCCUCCCUCAUUUGGGGUGCAGGGAAGGGGCAAACAGGGCCAAAAGGGAUCAGCGAUGGCACUGAGCGCUCAUAUCCCAAAAUAUCAGGAAGAAACCCUUCCCUGGGACAGCGGUGGGGCUCUGGAGUGGAUUUCCCAGAGAAGGUGUGGCUGCCCCAUCCCUGGGAGUGUCCAAGGCCAGGUUGGAUGGGGCUUGGAGCAA